CAAUUUUAUUAUUCACAGGACCAUGCCCUGAGCAAGAUGGAGUUGUAUCAGAAACAUCUGGAGGAACUCGUUCAGGGACGAACUGUACAGUUAGAAGAAGAAAAGCGAAAAACAGAGCAGCUUUUGCAGAGGAUGUUGCCAAGAACUGUCGCUGAACAGCUUAUAGUAGGUAAAGAUGUAAAACCUGAGUUAUUUGAAGCUGUUACAAUCUACUUCUCCGAUAUUGUUGGAUUUACCGCUUUAUCAGAUAAAUCUGCACCAAUGGAUAUAAUAGAAUUUCUUAAUCAGCUUUAUACUUUAUUUGACAAUAUUAUUAAACUCUAUAAUGUGUAUAAAGUGGAAACAAUUGGUGACGCUUACAUGGUUGUUUCCGGAGUACCGGAGAGGUGUGAGGAUGAUUCACAUUCUGAAGCUAUUGGAAAAAUGGCUUUACAUCUGCUUUACGCCGUAAAGGACUUUUGUAUCCCACAUCGGAAAAGCGAAAAGGUCGAAUUACGAAUUGGUAUUCACACCGGCCAGUGUGUUGCUGGAGUGGUUGGAAAAACAAUGCCACGAUACUGUCUGUUUGGCGACGCCGUAAAUACAGCAUCAAGAAUGGAAAGCACUGGAGAACGUAAUUGA